UCAUGCAGGCAGGCUUUGCAUUCAUGGAAGCUGGCGCCGUCAGAUCCAAGAAUACCGUGAACAUCCUCAUCAAGAAUCUCCUGGAUAUGCUCAUUGGCGGGAUCGCGUAUUGGCUGAUUGGAUUUCCGUUGGCCUUUGGUAGCGAGGGGAAUUUUUUCCUGAGCUACAGCUACUGGGCCAACUACCAAUUACCCUCUGAGAAAUACGGUCAUUGGUUCUUUGACUUUGUCCAUGCUGCCACUGCUUCCACACUCGUCUCUGGCUCCAUGGCAGAGAGAUGCAAUUUCUACGCCUAUCUCCUCUACUCCUUCCUUAUCACUGGGUUCAUCUACCCAGUCGCAUCCCAUUGGGCAUGGCACCCGAAGGGGUGGUUGAAGGUGACGGCGUUCAAGGACUAUGCCGGGGGAUGCGUGGUGCACAUGCUGGGUGGCAUGUGCGCCCUCGUCGGUGCUGCCCUCAUGGGUCCUCGUAUCGGACGAUUCCAUAAGAAGACCGGCGAAGCACACGACAUUCGAGGCCAUUCCGUCCCUUUGGCAGCACUGGGAGGAUUCAUCCUGUUGUUCGGCUUCCUGGCAUUCAAUGCGGGGUUCCGGGGUCACAUCAGCCAUCCGGGUGAUGGAGAAGUCAUCAGUAGAGCCAUAGUGAAUGCAUUACUUGGUGCAUGUGGGGGCGGGGUCGGGGCCCUCGUCAUUCACCGGGCUGGCACCUUUGGACCCACCCAUGCCUGGAGCUUCCUUAUGACCCUCAACGGUGCCCUCGCUGGUCUCGUGGGCGUGUGUGCAGGGAGUGACGUCUUCCCAUCAUGGGCGGCCCUGGUCGUCGGCGUGGGGGCCGGAUUCACCUUUCUCUGUCUUCACUUCCUUCUCCUCAAACUCAAAGUUGAUGAUCCUUUGGACGCAUUCCCUGUUCAUUUUGGAGGCGGGUUCUUCGGAAUCGUCGCCGUUGCAUUCUUCAUGGAAGACGGAAUCAUCUUCAAUCCUUCCAGGAACUCUGCUUUGCGAUUGCUCGGACUUAACCCUGCAGCUAACUCUGCACUUGUUAAAUGGUUCCCCGGGUUGACCAACUUCACUCGCCCUGACAUUGACAUCCCUUGGAUUGCCAUUGAUGCCCCUCGCUUAAGGAAAUGGGUAAAAGCGAGUCCUGAUGUUGACACCUCGCGUGUGUUGGGAUGGAAUUUGGCGGGAGCAGCGGCCAUUUCCGGUUGGUCUGCCACUCUCUGUCUCAUCCUUUUCGGAAUCCUCAAGAAAUUCGGGAUUCUUCGCGUUGACAAGGAAAUGGAAAUUCGAGGUAUGGACGUGAUCAAGCACAACGAACCGGCUUACCCUAGCACAGCUUGGGAAGAUUGCGAUCCGGGGCAGUAUGGCACUUCCACCAUGGCUACCAAAAUCUUCUCCAUGAUGUCCAGCACCAAGAGGACAGAGGAAGGACUGGACCGAUCAUCCCGCAUGCAGGGUCCCUUCGCAGGGAGACAAAUGUCCCGGACCGCAUCCUCGAAUCUCUUCAACGGUUACAGUCCGAACACGAUCACCACGUGCUCCACCUUGCACUCCUCGAACGAUCCCGAUUCGAGGGCCCAAGUUUCUUGCAACGACGGAAUCGUCCCGCGAUCAAAUUCAGACUCUUCCGGCUUGCAGAAUCGAGACGAUAUCACCGCUGUCAGCCACAUUUGACAGUCUCCCUACCUCCCCCCCAUAAACUGAAUCAAAAGUUGUCCCAAAGUUGAUUCGAGUUGCGCGAUGCUGAAAAACUCCAAUGUAAAUUUAUCCUCAUAUGAGGAAGACUUGCACCUCACCUUUCCAUCUGUGACAACGGAAAUAUCAAAUUUAUGUGAAUUUCCCAGUGUUAGCGAAAAUAUUUAUGCCUGCAUCCCCUCCGAUGUGGAAAAAGUGGUGCCGACCUCCCACAAAUGAACCUGAGAUAUUCCUCAUUAGCACUGGUCUGACAACUUCUGAAGAAUGUAUUCCGGAAUGAACGACUCCUGUCACAU